AUGGUGACGACGGAGAAGACAUGUUCACAUUGUGGCCACAAUGGUCAUAACGCACGGACAUGUCUUAACAACGUUGUUAAAAAAGGAAGCGUUAAACUAUUUGGCGUUAACAUAUCGUCUGAUCCGAUUAGGUCACCAGCUGAGGUAACGACGUUAAGGAAGAGUCUCAGUUUAGGGCAUCUCGAUGCGCUUCUUGCUAACGAUAUUAGUAACGGUAACGGUGAUCCAAUCACCGCCGUUGAAGAAACCGGUUAUCAUUCCGAUGGUCAGAUUCAUUCUAAGAAGUUGAGAUCCCCUCAUGCGAAGAAAAAGGGGACGCCAUGGACUGAAGAAGAGCAUCGUAUCUUCUUGGUGGGAUUGGAGAAACUAGGAAAAGGAGAUUGGAGAGGAAUCGCUAAGAGUUUCGUGACGACAAGAACACCAACACAAGUCGCGAGUCAUGCUCAGAAAUAUUUUCUUAGGUUAAAUGCUAAUGACAAGAGAAGAAGACGUGCUAGUCUCUUUGACAUCUCUCUAGAUCAGAAGGAGAAAGAGAAGAACACUCAAGUGAUGAUAACAGAUGCAUCAACAUCAUCAUCAUCCAAGAUUCCAUCUAAAGAACAAAUAACCGGAUCUCAAGAACCGGUUCAAGUUCAAACCCAAACUGAUAUAUCAAACCGGUUUCAGAAUCUAUCAAUGGAUUACAUGCCAAUCUACCCAACCGUGCGACCUUACUACAACUUUCCAUCUGUUAUGAUCCAUCCAAUGUACUACUAUGCCAAUCCUGAAUCGGUUAGGUAUGUUCACCCUUCCGGUAUACCUGUACCAAGGCCUUUACCGAUUGGUAUGCCUCAACCUCAGGCAAAUGAUGCUUCUCGUAUAGCAAAGAAAGACAAUUUGGAACUUGAUAUCGGUCUGCGUCCUCCUGCUCCUCCUCCACAAGCUACCGGAGCAACAGACUUGGCAGGUCAUGGAGUCAUUCAUGUGAAGUGAAAUGACAUUUUUUGAUAUCUAUUAUAGAUACAGGUGUGUUAAUUGUUUUCUUAGUUAUGAAUUUUAUAUGAAUAUAUACCUUUAUAUUCAGAAGUUUUG